GAGCUUGCCAAGUUUGAUGGCUCGGAUGAAGCCCAACCAGUUUACGUUGCUAUCAAGGGAACAGUCUUUGAUGUGACUUCCAACAGAAAAAUGUAUGCUCCUGGGCAAGGAUAUGCUGUAUUUGCUGGAAAGGAUGCAUCUAGAGCUCUUGGAAUGUCCAAGCUACAACUCGAGUACUGCGUUUCCGAUUACAGCACUUUAACUGCUGAAGAGCUCAAGGUUCUGGAUAAUUGGCAUGUGUUUUAUACCAAAAAGUACCCAGUUGUAGGA